AUGUGCGUACCGCGUACAGCUCCUAAACCGGUCGAAAAAGUGGAAACACCCUCGAAAAACUCCACAGAAACAUCGAGCAAUCUAUCGAGUAAAAUAACCAACAGCAACGCGUCGGCCAAAACGAAAUCGAGCAGCUCGUCCGACAACACCACCUCGAGCAAAACGCGCACGAGAAACAUAAAAAGCGCGUUCGUAUCGAAGAGCACCGUCGGCAGAUACAACGUCAGAGCGGCCACCGCGAAAGUCAAGAAGCAAUCGCCGCCCGCGCCCAAAGACCGAGAGCAAGGCAGCUACUACCUGAUAGAAAUCUGCGGCAGACAUCUGAACGUCUACGGACAGGGCGCGCUUCGAUUCGUCGAAAAGUCGUGGAACGCGAGCAAAGCGCACGACGUGACGACCGCGAACUUCAACUACGUGAACUUCCCGAGCGUGGCCGGGGUGCUGUUCAAGUUGAAGGUAAAGUUUCCGAACGUGGACAAUCUGAGCUUCAAGGAGACCAACAUCGCCUGCAUGGGGCAGCUGAACGCCCUGGCCGAGGUGCAGGGCAUCGGGUCGUUGACGAUACAUCCCGAGGGGAACCCCAUCUGCGAGAAGGAAUGGCGGAGUUACGCUAUAUAUAGGCUCGCGCAUUGGGGGUUGAAGAGCGUCAACGGGGAGGAAGUGACGGACGAGGAGUUUCGCGGUUUGAGCGACUUGGUGCUCUGGUCGAUGCCCGAUGUUCUUCUGCAGCCGUUGUUGGAGCGUUUGCGGAUCGACGUGAAUCGGGGCUUGACCGAGGACAACGCGAAGAAAUGGCUGCUGACCGCGGAUCCGGCCUUGAGAAGCGUGGUCAGCAAGGAGGCCUUGCAGUGGAAAAAGGGCGCUCCCAGCCAGGAAGACCAUCAUCUGCGACAAAAGGCGAAACAGCACAUUUCUUUUCUUCUGGACGACGUGAACGGUGCCGCUUUGAAGUUGAAGCAGUUGGAACCUGCGUGGCCCGACAUUUUGCACGAGUUCGUCAGAAAUACUCUGCUGGAUUAUUCGCAGUUGGAAAUGUACAUGAAGAAAAAAAUGCACGAAUUGGUUAUACAAUAGUUUUCACCGUAAGUGUCUUUAGGUAACGAAAACCUCGCAUCAUUCACUGCCCACUAUCAGUAUUGAAGAAUUGAGGCCUCACGAAUACAAAAUAUUAAUUUAAGAUUAUAAAAUAUAGGUAUAAUUAAAUUUAAAAUUUUUAAAUGCAGGGUGUGUCUUAGUUUGGACCACAAAGGUACAAUUUUGAAAUUGUUUGUUACUAAAAUUUUUAAAUGUGAUUUUGCUGUUUUAUUAGACAAGUUACGCAUACGGAUAGUCAAAAGACUUUUCACAUUAUAGAAUUUUAAGAGCUACAAGUUUGUUUUAAUCAUUUAUGACCUCAGGUGAAAGGUUUAGCUGGAAAAUCCAAAAAACCAUUUUCACCCUUAACUUGUUCAUAUUAGAUGUUAUAACUUUUUAUCUACACAUAUAAAGUGUUAAAAUGUUUGUCCGGUCUAAUCUCCGAAACUACUGAAUCGAUUUUUACGGGAUUUUAAUUUUUAGAGAGGAAUAUAUUUUUUUAUUUUUUUGUUUUUGUUUAUUAUUAUUGUGUUUUUCAUAGAAGGCAAUGUAUAUAAAAAGUGUUUUGCACUUUCAAAAUCUUCAGAAUACCUUCACUAAGUCAUCUUGCACUAUUAAGGGUUGCCAAAUUUAUAUACAUAUAUUAAUCCUGACAUAAACAGGGUGUACAGGUGCUCGGCUGAAGAUUCGUCAUCCAAAAAUAAGGAUAAAAGCUCAAAUAAACGUA